AUGCGCCCCAGGGAUCCCAGACCCCAGGACCCACCCCAGACCCACCCCGCAGUAGGGCCGGGCAAUGCCCAAAAACCCCCGGCGCCGGCGCCAGCGCCCCCACCCCGACCCCGGCCCCCGAACGACUCCCCCCCAACACCGGUCCCACAGCACCAAUCCGAAGAAGAAGAAAGCCACACAACACAGCAAAGUGCCGCCAAGAGGAGGACGGCCACGCCGGCCACGGCCCGUCCCCCCCCCGCCGCCAAACACCGAGCAACCCUCCACUCCCAAACCGCGCACGAUGCACCGCACCACGCGCCACCGGCACCCGCCCCAACAGAGCGAAGCCACACCCCGACCCGGGGGCGCUCCAAAGGGACCCCCGACGCCCGCAACCAGCCCACAACAGACACACACGAACCCCGGCCACAGGCGCGACCACUCACGCCCCCCCCCGGAAGACGCAACCACGGCAAGCGCCACGGCCAACCACCGAAACCCGGCACCGGAAGACGGGGCACACCCCGACGCCCCGCAGAGCAGAAGCACCCCGAGCACCGCACGCGGCCGCCGCAGGACCCCCCCCGCGGCGCCCCAGACCCCGCCCCGACGGGGGCAACAGUCCCCCGGGCCAGACCCGCCAGGCACCCCGCUCCGAGCACCCCCCCGAGCCCCCAGGACACAAGGACCCCCGAACUAGCCCCCGCGCCCCACAAGACGCACCCCAUAGCCCCCCACUACACUAAGUGA